AUGGAGCAUGCAGUAGAGAUCCAUUUGCAUCUACAAGAGUUGUAUGGUGAACAUACUAGAUUUUUGAGAUAUCAGAUCUCAAAGGAGUUUUUCAGGGCCCGUAUAACGGAUGGUGAGUCAGUCAGUACUCAUGUAUUGAAAAUGAUAAACCUGGUAGAAAAGCUUGAGUCUUUGGAUGUUGUUAUGGAUAAUAAUCUAUAUGUAGAUCUUAUCCUACAAUCUCUUCCUGAUUCAUUUCAUGAUUUUGUCAUGUAUUUCAAUAUGUAUAAGCUUAAGACUACUCUUCCCGAGCUUCUUAACAUGUUGAAAACUGCUGAGAUGACAAUGAAGAAGGAGAAACUUGUCAUGCUUAUUGGUUCCUCACAUUCCUCAAAACCAAAGAAGAAUUAG